CACAGUCCUGAUCAGCGUCAGUGUCAGUGGCGCUCAAGCACACCGGGAUUUCACAACAGACAUCAUGGUCAAAAUCAGCAACAUGUUGGGAUUUGUCUCUUUAUGCGUAGUAUUGCUGCUGGGGUCAGAGGUCUGCAUAGCAGCAAGGCAAGAACUUAUAGUUACCACCAUAAAGCAAGACCCAUACACGAUGAGCAAGGGCUCUCAGUUAGAAGGCUACUGCAUGGAUCUGCUCACUGAGCUGGCUAAGAAACUGGGUUUCAAAUACAAAGUUCACCUAGUGAAGGAUGGAUCGUAUGGCCGGCAGGAUGAAAACGGAAACUGGAACGGAAUGAUCGGGGAGGUUGUCAGAGGGGAAGCUGAUCUGGCCGUAGCUCCGCUCACUCUCACUGCUGCCCGCGAGAAGGCUGUGGGAAUGACAAAACCUUACAUGCAGACCGGAAUCAGCAUCCUUCUCCGCAAAGAUAUUGUUUCUGAAGAGGCCGGCUUUUUUGACUUCCUCUCCCCCUUCUCUGGGGAGACCUGGUUCGGCAUCCUGAUUGCAUACUUUGUGACUGCAGUCUGCAUCUGCAUUGUGGGAAGGUUGAGUCCAUGUGAAUGGAGUCAGCCUGAGACAGAGCCAAAUCACUUCACUCUUCUGCACAGUUUGUGGUACACUGCAGGAGCCCUCAGCCUGCAAGGUGCAGGCCCUCACCCUAAAGCAGUGUCAGGAAGGGUCAUCAGCUGUACUUGGUGGUUGUUUGCUGUGGUGCUCCUGGCCUGUUAUUUCUCCAGCCUCAGCUCCACUCAGGGCUCAGACUCCGCACCGCUCAUGAUUAAAGGUUUCGAUGACUUGGCUAAUCAGGAUGUAAUAGAAUAUGGAACACUUGCUGGCUCCUCCACCCUCGCCUUCUUCAAGAACUCUAACAACCCAUCUUACCGUCGCAUCUACGAGCACAUGGAACGAAGGAAGAGCUUUGUGUCCUCCAUGGAUGAAGGAGUCCAGAAAGCGAAGGAGGGUAAUUAUGCGUUCAUUGGGGAAUCGGUGUCCUUGGACUUGGCAGUGGCGCGGCAUUGUGAGCUGGUCCGUGCACAUGAGGUUAUUGGGAUGAGAGGAUACAGCAUCGUAACUCCACUUGGAUCUGCCAUGCUGAAGAACCUGAGCGUGGCCAUCCUGCAGCUGAGCGAGGCAGGGGAGCUGGCAUACCUGCGUACCAAGUGGUGGGCCAGCAGCUGUUUACCAGAUAAUGCCAAAGCCUCGUCUCUGAGGGCCCACAGCAUGAAAGGCAUCUUCCUGGUGCUGGCUAUAGGCCUUGGGAUUGGAGUUGUGCUAUCCUUGUUUGAACUCACCACAAAGUCUCGCAGCGCUGCAGGGGAACAGAAGAAAUCCUGUUGCACAGUUUUGACUCAGGAGCUGAGUCGGCGUUUGAGAAUGACCAACACAAAGGGAGACCAGGACACUUCAGACAAGAGCAAGCCAUAAACGCUUCAACGACAUCAGUGACGCAGCAGGACUUUACUGUACAUUCAGAGGUGCUAGGUAUUAUUAUUAUAUCCUAAGUUAGAACAUGAUAUAUAUUUUAUACAUAUUAACAGAUUUAGAUUUGAUAGUUAUUAAAAUUAAUUUUUUAUAACACAAGUUUACAUUUAAAAUGUUUACAUUUAAAUUAAGCUACAUUCAAUGAAGGCGCCUUUUCAUUUAAUUCUUGAGUUGCAUUAGAUCAUCAUCAUGCAUGUCAUCCUAAAACAAUAUAGAGAAACAGAGGUAAACAUUUUUGAGGCCACCAUUAUGAAUUUAAAAUAUUAAAUGCUAAAAUCUGUUUUGCUAAUAAACGGUAAGGACUGGAGACCUUUGAAAAAGAGAUUCGAUUUUAUGUAUUGUAAAAUGUAUUGCAAGAAAAAUGUCUAUAAAAAGUCAAAUAUUUCAUGGAAAUGCAAAAGACAAGUAACAUAUUAUAGUUGUUUUGAAUUCAAACAU